UUAGGACACAUUGCAGACUCUUUCUACAAACUUGCUAAUUAUGUGUUUCUUUGCAGUGUAAAAAGUGAAUGUGCCCACAUCUCAAAGGAUGGCACAGUCAAGAUCAAGAUCACCCAGGUGGAAAUACAGGUCUUUAUCACCAAUACCUAGAAAUUCUGAACACUACAAGCAAAGAUAUUCUCAUGGGCAUUAUGGCUGUGAAUAUAAGAAGGAUCCAAAAAGACCUGUUUCUUGGAGAAUGGAUAGUGAGAAAUAUGGACAGAAUAAACCAAGGAUUCCUUCUCGUGGAGAUAUACAUUAUCGAUCUUACGAACAUCGAUCACCUUCCCCAAACAUAAGAGGAAACUCUUUAGAAAAUGUUUAUAUGUAUUUGCCUCACCGAGUAUAUUCGCCUGGAAGAGGGGAUAGUAGCAGAAGAUCUCAGUAUAUACCCAAAUACACAGAGAAUGUAUCCUACAAAGAGCAUGAGAGGAAUUGUUAUCCCCAGAAAGUGCAAGGAAGGUAUAUUCCAGAUGAUCACAGAAUUAGAGAAAGUGAAAGAGGUGGGAAACCAUCUCAGAGGUCAAUAGCAGAUUCUUUUAGAUUUGAAGGAAAGUGGCAUGAAGAUGAGUUGAGACACCAGAGAUUACAAGAAGAAAAAUAUUCCCAGUCACCUAGAAGAGGCUCUGAAGACUUUGAAACAUGGAGCUCUUUUCAGAAGAGGUAUCCUGAGGAUCGUGAUUUCAGAAAAUAUGGACACACAGCAAAAAGACCUAAAGAUGUGGAGAGGUAUGAAAACAGAGAGCCUGCCAGGAACCCAAAGUGGAAGCCUGAACAUUCUUUUCUAUCUUACCAAGAGAAGAAAGAUCAAUGGAAUAUCGGACCCCAAACUCAUCGACAUGUGGAGAGGGAUUACCCAGAGACUAGUUCAGCAACCAAAGUAUCCUUUGACUAUCGCCACAAACGUCAUAAGCCCUCAGAUGGGGACCAGGACUUUGCUGAUGAGAGAACUCAGAAAUAUUCUAAGGAAGAAGAUAGAAAAUACAGUUCUCAAAAAGGCUCUGUAAAUAGAGAGUCAGAAUGUUUUAAUGCUGGAAGAGGGGGAGAGACUGAAGAUGGGCAAGUUAGAGAACCUUUUAAACCACCUAAGAAAGACUACAUUGCCUGUACUCAUUUAAAUAAAGAUGAUAUUGACUUGAAGCCCUGUACUGAUAAAUGGAAGGAAACAAAGAAAGAAGGGGAUUGCAGAAAAGAGAGCAACUCUUCCAGUAACCAGCUUGAUAAAAGUCAAAACCUUUCUGACUUGAAAUCCUCUCCUGUCAAUAUUAGGAAGAAAUCACUCACAGUUAAAGUAGAUGUGAAGAAAAAAGUAGAUGGAUUCAGGGCUGCUUCUAGCUAUUCCACAGAGAGACAGAUGUCACAUGAUUUGGUUGCUGUUGGCAGGAAAAGUGAGAGCUUUCAUCCAGUGUUUGAACAUCUUGACUCAACUCAGAAUACUGAGAACAAACCUUCAGAAGAAUUUGCUCAGGAAAUCAUAACAAUAAUCCAUCAAGUUAAAGAAAAUUAUUUUCCAUCACCUGGCAUUACUCUACAUGAACGUUUCUCAAAAGUACGAAAUACACAUCAUGCAGAUGUAGAUGAAAUUAAAUUGAGUUCAAAUCCAGAAAUUCACAGGAGAAUAGAUAUGUCUUUGGCUGAGCUUCAGAGUAAACAAAGUAUGAUAUAUGAAUCAGAGCAGACACUGGUCAAAAUAAUAGAUCCAAAUGACCUACGACAUGACAUUGAAAGAAGGAGAAAAGAACGGUUACAGAAUGAAGAUGAGCACAUUUUUCACAUAGCUAGUGCUACAGAGAGGAAUGAUCAGCAUUCCAGUUUUUCAAAGAAUUAUAUUAUGCAGACAAAAGACAUCAUUACUCACAAACCAUUUGAAGUUGAGGGAAACGAUCAAAACACAAGAGGCUUUAAAAGACCUUUUAAGAGCAACUUUAGAGGUAGCAGAUUCCAGCCCCAGUAUAAAUCAGGCCUAGUACAGAAGAGCUUGUACAUUCAGGCUAAAUAUCAGCGUUUACGGUUCGCUGGUCCAAGAGGAUUUGUCACAAAUAAAUUCACAGAAAGAUUACUGAGGAAAAAAAAGGAAUAUUCAAAUGUUGCCACUGAAAUCUAAUCUGGAAUCGAUACAAAUGGAAGACACUACAGGAGGAUAUUGGAGAACAUCUCAUUUUUGUCGGAGUUAGAAUUGGCACUAAGGCACUAAUACUGUAACUUUCUUGAUAAUUUUAUUUUUCAGUAGUGGAAUGCUGCAACUUUUUUACACUUAAUUGCUUUUAAAUUACAGUAU